AUGAAGUUUACAUAUCUGGUGUCAGCCUUUUUUACUGCCAAUACGGCAGCUGCUUUAACAAUUCUCGACAAGCGGGUUACAACCUGGUGCGAUGCCUUUGGUAGUCUCCAAGCCGGUCCAUAUACUGUCUUUCAUAAUAACUGGGGUGCAAAUACCGCUACAUCUGGAUCUCAGUGUACUACCUUUUCAACUCUUAAUGGCAAUUCUGUGCAAUGGUCUACAGAUUGGAGUUGGGCAGGAGGCGCUGGGCACGUAAAGUCUUAUUCCAACGUGGCCCUGGAAAAGGUUAACAAGAAGCUAUCUGACAUUCAACAUAUUCCUACUACAUGGGCCUGGAGUUAUACUGGAUCAAAUAUGGUAGCAGAUGUAUCUUUUGAUCUGUGGCUCGCCCCAACCGCAUCAUCCAAUAACGAGUACGAAAUUAUGAUUUGGGUUGGUUCGUACGGUGGAGCAGGCCCAAUUUCGUCCACUGGAAGUUCUCCAAUUGCUACACCCACUAUUCUCGGCACAAAGUGGAAACUUUUCAAAGGCCCAAAUGGAGAUACAACAGUCUUUUCGUUUGUUGCGCCAAGUAACAUUAAGAACUGGAACGGCGAUCUGAAGGCAUUUUUUAAUUAUUUGACUUCAAACGAAGGCGUUAGUGCUGAAAUGGUUGUCACAAGCCUUCAAGCCGGAACCGAGCCUUUCUCUGGCACUAACGCUCACUUUAAAACAACUGCAUAUACUAUUUCUGUUCAAUAA